AUGCCUUCUGCCCUGACCCGGGGGCUGGAGCGAAUCCUAGACCAGCUCCCUUACCUGGUGCUGAGUGAUGGUGCGAUGCUGGUGACACCUGGGGAUCAAGAGAAUGACCAGCAGACGGCCAGCACCAUCUCUGAGCAGGUCAGCGCCACCUGUGGUUUCCACAGCACCACAGACAUACCCUUCAAGCUCCUGUCGGUGGUCUUUGGAGAACACACUUUGCUGGUGACCAUGUCAGGCCAGAGAGUGUUUGAACUGAGGCCAGGAGCCCACUGA